UGCGUUUUCGAGUCCCUAUAACACAUUUUAAUUUAACGCCAUCUAGUGUAGUGUUGUUAAUUUUCUCUCUUCUCUUCGUAUUCUCCAAGAUUGUUUACAUUAUUGCAUAUCGUGAUGAUGGAUGAAGAAUUGGUCGCUUGAUUUAUUUGAUGCCGACAGAUCAUUCCAACCUUUCGCUUGUUUAUCGAGGCCUUAAGCCAAUAUCCCAACAACGAAAUAUCUCUAGCCGCAUAUUUAUUUCUCUUACAAAUAUAUUUUAAUAGAGCACUAUGCCACGUCAAAAGACACCAAUUUCGCUUCGUCGUUUGGGUUUAGAAAAAUUAGCUCUGUUGAUAGAAAGAUUAAGUAUGAAAAAUACAGAUGAAUCAGCUGAUGGACAAUCAUUAAAACAAACUGAUUGUGAUUCUUAUUUUAUUCAUUGUCCUGGAACAAUUAUGGAAGAUUUAAUUGAUCUUCUUCAUUGGCAACAACCUUCUGGUAUUGAUUUUUUUCAAUUAGAGCAAUUACUUGGUAGUAAUUUGCGUCGGUUGUGGUUACAUUAUUCCGAUUCUAAAAGCUUUAAAGGCAUUCCCCUGGGUUUCCAGAGAAUUUUACGUCGUCUAGCUGUUUGUGGUGAACAAAUAGUAGAUCUCUCUUUGAAAGGAUGUAUUUUAUGGAACAACGACGAACUUAUCAAAACAAUGAAAGUACUUCGCAAUCUUCGUCGUUUAGUAUUAUAUUCCAGCAAAAUAGACGACGACGUUUUAGAGACAAUUGGAAAUUCGUGUUUUCAUCUAGAAGAACUACAGGUGAGUGGUUGGAACAUUACCGAUUACGGUCUGAGAACUUUAACUGUUAAACCUUUGCCAUUGAAAGUUAUAGUUGUGGAUACCGAUAGAAACUAUUCUCCAAAAAUCACAAUUAAUUCUAUUAUUUAUUUGCUUCAACGAUUACCACAUCUCGAAAUAUUUAAAAUUCCUCUUCUAACAGAAGCAAUUGUUAAACUCCACGAAUUGAAUCCAGAAUCGUCAUUAGGUUUACGUUUGUAUCACGACGAUUUGGACGGAGAAACACAUACCAAAGAAUUGAUGAAAUCUGUUGUGCAUUGCUGUCCUCUCAUUAAUGAAUUGUGGAUAAAUGUUGCAGAUGCAGAAACCUUGUUGACUCUAAAAGGUUUAAGGUAUCUUACUUCUUUAGUUGUUACAUGGACCAAUGUUGAGAUGUCAGGCCAUGUAUUUAUGGAUGGACUAAUUCCUGUAUUAGAAUUAGUUGGAAGUAGAAUCACACAUUUAGAAAUUUCGUUAGAUGAAAUUGAUUUAAGUCUUCUCGAUAACUGUUGUCCUAUGUUGGAAGAAUUCGAAUGUAUGCGUUUUACAAAAUUAAGAAAUAGUAAAGGACAGAACAAACCUUUUACUUAUCUGAAAAGUUUAAAACUGUUUCCAGAAGAAACAAAUUAUAUUACUCGUGACAAUCUCAUCUAUUUACUUUCCGGAUGUCACAAUCUUCAAACUCUUUUCAUAGGUUGGUGCGAUUGGUGGAACGAUCAAACUAUUUAUCAGGUUUUACUUAAGAAUCCUUUGAAACAAUUAAGAGAGAUCGAAAUGAGUGAUUUGUACGGUGUGACGGUGAACGGUUUGCAGCUUCUUUUACUGGCAGAAAGCGAUUUGCAAACAAUUAAUAUUUUAUAUUGCGAUUCUAUAAGUUUACGUGAUAUAAAUAUUCUUAGAAAUCUCGUUAAGGCUCUCAAUUUGGACGUGCAAAUUAAAUAUUACGAAUGAUACUAUAACACGUUAUUUAAAUUUAUUCUUUGCAAAAGAGCAUUCCUUUUUUUAGAUAUUUAAA